GACGUCAUCAUGGCCUGGCUUCCUUCGAGCAACAAUGCUGACAAUGCCGAUGAACGCAGCACCAGCGCCUCCAGUGCAUCCGCUUCCUCCAACUCAGUUUCAAUCACCAGCACUAGCAAUGGACAUGCCAAUCGACGAGAAGAAGCCCUCGUGAAUAACUCACCAAGACCAACUGGACCACCUGGAGGCCGACAGCCGCCGGCUCUGUUGCGUCAUGCUGCACCAUAUGUUCAAUUGCAACCGAAAACCGAAUCGAUAUCCGAUGGCGACUUGUCAGAUUUUUCUCUUAACGAUACCGAGGAGGAUGACGAAGAUCUCAGGGACUACAUAGUGCUCAAUGGAAGUGGCGGCCUGACGGAUGGCAAUCGUUCACUAUCCAAUUCACCUCGCAGCGGCAGUGCAAAUCUCUUUAGUCGCGGCUCACCCAGUCGCAAUGGUGGCUCAUUGACGUUAAACUCAUCGGUCAACGGUUCAUCUGCUUCCACUCCUCUGGGCGCUGCCACUCCUGCUCCUGGCGGUGGAGGGGUCCGUAAGGUCUUUACAAAUACCCGUGAGCGUUGGCGCCAACAAAAUGUAUCGGGGGCUUUUGCUGAACUCAGGAAAUUGGUGCCCACUCAUCCGCCGGACAAGAAGCUAUCGAAAAAUGAAAUUCUACGCUCCGCCAUUAAGUAUAUCAAACUUCUAUCAGGCAUAUUGGAUUGGCAGCAGCGUCAACCCACUAGCGAACCACCACUGGUGGAUGAGCCCAAUAAUAAUGAUAAUCGGAUGAUCAAUGGUCAUGCACCAGAUACCUUGAGGCUUAUCAAGUGUGAACGCUUGGAGCAGCAGCAGCAACUACGGAGCGGCAACGAUCUCCUUAUGAUAGCUCCAACAAUUGGUAUUAAGACAGAGCAAAUUUCGGUCAACUUCAAUGAGACGAUUCCAAAUCCAACAACAUCGGCAACUUCUGUGGCGAAUCCAAAUCCAACAAACAUCCCGGUCAAGGGCAGCAACAGCAAUAAACGACGCUCUAAAAUGGACGGCAGCAACAUUGCCACCGAUCUGAGUUUGGGCAAACGACGCAAAACCUAAGGAUGAAUCUACAGCAGACAGCUACAUCCAUAUACGAGAAUACCCUAAUCUUUCCUCGUCCUUAAAUUGUUUUCUUAGUAUACGAUUUGUUUUUACAGUACCCAUUAAAACUUAAUUUGCCUAAAA